AUGGUUCUCAGGUUCCUCCCCUGGACCAUCGACUUCAAAGCCACACCCUGUGCAGAUCAGCGAGAUGAUUCAGUUAGCCAUGCAGCUUUUGAUGGCCCAGCGCCCAUUGUCGGGCGCUUGUCAUGUAUGAAUCUCAAUCCGACCGACACACCAGACAAUCCUCCAUUGACAUCCGAAGCCGUGAGGGAUGACUUGAUCUUCAAAGGAUAUGCAUCAGGGCAAUCGGACGAUGAUUGGAAAGACCCGCAUCUCCAAAGUUUCGGCUACAGUGAGCGUCAUGAAGUCCACUGGGGCCGAAGUCAGAGAUACAACCAGCCUCGAUCCACAGCAACGGGACUUCCAGGAUCGCCAGUCGUGAAAUUUUCAUCUCCCCUGGUUCAGGAACCAAUUUAUCUCGCUCUGGACGGAUUACACGAUGCUUCACAUCUUGGAGAUCAAGAAAACACGUGGGCAUCAGGCUCAUCGGACGAUGGGUGGAUUGACCCGAGUCAGCGUCAUCAAUUCCGCUCGGGCCGUAGUCAGAGAUUCAACCAGCCUCGAACCACAGCGACUCGAGCUCCAGGUUCGUCAACGGCGAGCACACUUCGCCCCCAGGCGCCAUGCUUUGAACCCCAAGAUGGAUCAUUGGACGCCUCAGCCCUUGAGGAACCAGAAAACGCAUGGGGAUUGCUCUCCACUGCUGAAUGGACGACCAGGGCCUCCGAACAAGGCAACGGGGGUCUUCACAAUGCUAUUCGCGUUGGCAUUCGAGAAGGGGCAAUUGGCAAUCAGAUGUGGGUAGGCACUCUCGGCAUGCCUAUCGAUUCACAGAGCCAACUCGUCUUCGUGGAUGACAAUACGUUCGAAGGCCACUACACUCAAUUCUGUCGCUCGGUGCUUUGGCCAGUCCUUCAUUACCAGAUGCAAGAGGGGCCUCGCCAUGCCGAAUACGAAGAGUUCUCCUGGGACCAAUAUGUCAAGGUCAAUGAGGCAUUUGCCGAUGUGAUCAUCAGGGAGUGGAAGAAGGGAGAUACAAUUUGGGUCUUUGAUUAUCACCUUCUACUUCUUCCAGAAAUUUUGAGGUCACGUUUGCCCAGGCCUGAUAUUGGCUUUUUCUUGACCACGCCAUUUCCUUCGUAUGAAGUUUUUCGAUGCUUGUUUUCACGCGAAAAAUUGCUGAAUGGAAUGUUGGGCGCUGACCUUGUUUCGUUCCAGGCAGAGGAGUACCAAAAUCACUUUAUUCAAUGCUGCUGCCGGCUCUUGGGACUCGAAACAGUAAAAAGUGCACUCCAAGUCAAGCAACGUCUCGUCAGGGUCUGGUAUGAGUCUCUGCAAAUUGAUUCUGUCUUUCUUCAACGGGUUCGCCAAACAAGCGAUGUCAAAGCCUGGAUGACUGCUAUUGGGAACAAAUACAAAGGAAAGCGCCUCAUUGCAGCGCGCGAUCGACUGGAUGCACCGGGAGGGGUCAAGCAUAAGCUACUGGCUUACGAGAGGUUCCUGAAAAGAUAUCCCAAAUGGAGACAUACCGUUGUUCUAAUCCAGGUCAUCUCUGCUGCGCCUGAAAUCCCAGAACUAGGGGCAGAGGUAUCAAAAAUUGCGACAAGGAUCAACGCAAGAUAUUCGACUGUCGCCCAUCAACCCUUGGUGUUGCUUCAAGAAGACAUCAACUACUCUCAGUUCAUCGCUCUACUGAGUGUUGCAGAUAUCUUCCUGUCAACCACCCUACGCGAGGGAUUGAACCUGACCUGUCAUGAAUACUUCAAAUGUCAAGGUCAACCGCAUUCCGGAACCAGUUAUGGAUCAAUGAUCGUGAGCGAGUUCGCGGAAACCGGAGCGAUCGACAUUUCCUACCAAUGCAACCCAUGGGACUACAAGAGUUGUGCCAAAAUGAUCAAUGAAGUACUCGAGGCGCCAUUGAGGAGACGAAGACUAAAGUGGCAUUUGCAGAAGAAGGAAUUGGAAUCUAUGGAACACGGAUGGCUGGACUGGCUGCAAUCCAGGCUCAGCUUAGCCUGGAAGGCUCGAUACCCUCCGAAGAACGACGCUUCUGCACCGAUACUUCGCGCUGUGGCACAUCUAUAUAACUCCUCGAAUACACACGUGUUUUUCCUCGAAGAUGGUGCCCUCUUUGGUGAAGGCCCUGGGCACAUGUCAUUGGAAGCCUUGGGGACUUUAUCAGCCCUUGCCGCAAGCCCUAGCAACAUUGUCUACAUAACCAGCAGGCGGAGCAGAGUUGAUAUGCAACACGUCAUCGCAGCUCUUCCUAGUAAUAUUGGGUUCAUUCUCGAAUGCGGAUCCCUAAUCAGAGAAGUUUCCUCAACCAAGUUUCAUUUCUGGAAAACUGAACAAUCACAAGCAUGGCUGGAUGGAAUUUGGAACAUGACGAAACACUGUCGACAGCGAGUGGAAGGCAGUUUCAUUGAACAAAGAGACAACUCCAUGGUCUUUCGCUACGAUAUGGCACUGGAUUAUCCAGCCGCAAUUCGAUUCGCCAAUGACCUAGCCUACCAAGCCAGGGCUUUCCGCGGCCGCGAGUCCUACAGAUCAUCCACAGAGACUCUGCUGUACACGCCGAGCCCGAUAUGA